GACGCGGGCAGGGGCGGGACGGGAAGCGAAGGGAAGGAAAGGGAAGGGAAGGGAAGGGAAGCGAUGGCGGCGGAGCUGCGGGACGCGCUGGAGCGGCGGCUCCGGGAGCUGGGCAUCGCCACCGUCACCGCCGAGCACCCCCAGGUGUUCACUGUCGAAGAAAUGAUGCCCCACGUCCAGCACAUGAAAGGAGGUCACAGUAAAAACCUGUUUCUUAAGGACAAAAAGAAGAAAGGGUUCUGGCUGGUGACGGUCCUGCACAACAGGCAGGUCAAUUUAAACGAACUCGGUAAAAAGCUGGGCGUCGGAAGCGGAAACCUGAGGUUUGCCGAGGAAAAUGCCAUGCUGGAAAAACUGGGAGUGGGUCAGGGCUGUGCCACGCCGCUCGCCCUCUUCCGCGACCAGGGCGAUGUCAGGCUGGUGCUGGACGCUGCCCUGCUCCAAGGGGGCCAUGAAAAGCUGUAUUUCCAUCCAAUGACAAAUUCUGCCACCAUGGGAUUGAGCCCCGACGACUUCCUCAAGUUUGUCCGAUCAACAGGCCACGAUCCCCUCAUCGUACACUUCGAGGAAGACAUCAAGUAGACGAAGUUCCUUUUUCUAUUACUACUCACAGAUCUUGCAGAGCAAAACUGGUGGAAAAUCUCAUUACAAAUAAAACUUGAGGAAAAAAUGGC